GUGACAUAUCUCCAGAGAUAUCUCUCUAGGUUUAUGUGUCAAUCAAAACAAAACUCCAUUCGCAUUUCAAAACUUUUCAAACAUUUAAAUCUUAUUGAUAAUUAUACAUUUCAAAUUGCGUAUCUGCAGCUAAAAUUCGCAGUAUUGUAAUGUCGAGUAACAACCUUCAGUUCAUUCAGUAAUCGAGUGGUGGUGUUUUCGAUAAAAUUCUUCAGAUGUUUCGAAGUCGAAGUUGGUUUGGAGGUGGAUGGGGCAGACCGAAGAACCUCCAUUCUCUGGAACACUUGAAAUAUUUAUACAAUGUGCUAUCGCGAAAUCAAACUGUCUCAGAACACAAUCGAGGCCUGCUCGUUGAAACAUUGAGAUCCAUUGCUGAAAUCUUAAUUUGGGGGGACCAAAAUGAUUCCUCAGUAUUUGAUUUCUUCCUCGAAAAAAACAUGUUGUCGUUUUUUUUACGCAUAAUGAGACAAAGAAGCGGAGGCUCUAAUUAUGUCUGUGUUCAGCUUUUGCAAACUCUAAACAUACUGUUUGAGAAUAUUAGAAACGAAACAUCUUUAUAUUACUUGUUAUCAAAUAACCAUGUAAACUCCAUAAUUGUUCAUAAGUUUGAUUUCUCAGAUGAAGAAGUAAUGGCUUACUACAUUUCCUUUUUGAAAACUCUUAGCCUGAAACUGAAUGCUCACACGAUUCACUUUUUCUACAAUGAACACACCAAUGAUUUUCCUCUGUACACUGAAGCAAUAAAGUUUUUCAAUCAUCCUGAAUCCAUGGUGCGAAUUGCUGUGCGAACACUAACUUUAAACGUAUAUAAGGUUGAAGAUGCCAGCAUGAUAGCUUUUAUCAGAGAUCGAACUGCCGCUCCGUAUUUUUCCAACAUUGUUUGGUUUAUAGGAAAACACAUCCAAGAGUUGGAUAUAUGCGUUCGAAAUGAAGCAGACCAUCAUUCACAAAACAGACUGGCUGACUUGGUAGCUGAACAUCUCGAUCAUCUACACUAUUUAAAUGACAUUCUUUGCCUUAAUAUAACGGACUUGAACCAUGUUCUCACGGAUCAUUUACUUCACAAGUUACUAAUUCCUCUCUACAUAUAUUCCCUUGCGUCGCACAGGAGAAAAUCAUCGAUACCCGAAGGAGUAAAUCAUACAGUAGCCAAAAUCUUAUCCAAAACUUCCGCAGGACCGGAUUCGCCCCGAUUACAAGACCCAACAACAGGCAGAGUCUCUUGCGUAGUGGCUCUAUUUUUACUAUCACAGGUCUUUUUGAUUAUAGCACACUCUCCUUUGGUUCAGACACUGGCUUGUAUAAUAUUACGAACUGAUCGGACAGUGUUUGAAAAAGGUGUAAAUAAAUUACUAGAGCAUUAUGAAUUGGAGAAGAAAUUGCUGGAUGAGAGUUUAAGCGAUGAAGCGAGUGGAUUAAGUUCAAAAGAAAGUUCAAGUUCUAAAGAAAUGCUAGUGGAAGAUCUGCGAAAUAUUACAGAUGAAGAGAAGGAAAAACUUGCUAAAAACCCAUGUGAUAGUGUUGUUACCGAAAAACCGUUUUUGGAGACAGUUUACAGUGCCCUGGACUGUUCUGAAAAUGACUAUGCUGCUCUAUUUGCUCUUUGCUUGCUCUACGCAAUGGCAAAUAAUAAAGGUGUAACGUCUGACGUCCUAGAGCAAGCUCUGAAGCCAAAAAAAUCUUUCAUAUCAAAAUCAUCAUCAAAAGAUAUAAAAUACUCUUAUAAUGUGUAUCUCCUGGAAAAGCUUCUUUCAAUCAUAUCGUCAGCUUGCCAGCCCACGUGUAGAGUGAGACUGGCCACUUUGGAAGUGAGUUUAAAAUUGAUUUUGCAGCUAGUAAUCUGUGAUGGAAAAAAUAUACUUCUCGAACCACAUAGACAGGUGAUUGAGUCUGUUAAAUCUCAAAGUAUGGCGUUGUUGAGGAAUUUUUAUAAGAGCGAGGAAAUAUUUUUGGACAUGUUCGAACACGAGUACUGCGAUAUGUCGAAAUCUUCGUUAAAUGUUGAAUGGCUUUGUAUGGAUAGCGCUAUACUUCUGCCACCCACCGGUACUCCAAUGACUGGAAUUGACUUCAUAAAGAGACUACCAUGCGGCGAGUGUUUGUUACAGAGUGAAAAGGCCAGAAGAGCAAUUCGCUUAUUUUUCUUGAUGCGAAAUGCCGUUUUAACAUUAAAUGGCGAAAUGGAGACCCAGUUGCCUUUAACAAAUCCCCAAAGUUGUGUGCAGAUUGAGCAGGCGCUGGACUUGAGUAUAUCUCGUUAUAAUUCGGAUCUGAUUGCCUGUACAGUCUUGUACAAAGACGGUAUGAAGAUGCGCCGGUUUUUAGUAAUAGAUGUAAUGCAGUUAAUACUUGUGGAACCGGAUAAUAAAAGGCUCGGUUGGGGUGUAGCUAAGUUGGUUGGGUUUCUACAGGAUAUUGAAGUCAGUGGCGAUAAAGAUGAUUCCCGAUGUUUACACAUCACUAUUCACAGGCCAAUAUCUGGUGCGACGACAAACCGGGUGCCACUUUUGAGUGCUAAAUUUCUGUUUGAUGAUAAUAUUAGAUGUAUGGCGGCAAAGCAACGACUAACCAAGGGUCGGAUCAAAGCUAGGCAAAAGAAAAUGCAACACAUAGCUCGUCUCUUGGAAAUCCCUGGACAAUCGGGUCCACCAAGCCCAGCUUUUACUGGCCAGGGAAUGUACGGAUUUCGCUUAGCUAGCAGGAAUAUUCGCGACAGUAGGCCAUUAUUUGGAAACAGUAGAGUACCAGGGUUUGCUGCUCCUAAAAGGGAAAGUUCACCGGGGGUUUUACAUAGAGCAGACGACUCUCGCAGACAUCGUGAUGGUAAUAGUCCUAACAGGCUAUCCAGCGUCAAAAAGGAACCUAACUCAGCGAUUACAAGCAAUAAUAUUCGAAAAGAGAUGAGAUCCCGAGAGAAUUCAUCCAGUCGGACAAAGUCACGCGACGGAUCUCCUAGAAUGCCUCGUCCGAGAUCUGAAGAAAUACCUCUGGAAUUAAUAAAAAAAGGGCCUAGUUCGUUUAUCGAUAUGGCUCCUAAAAUAAGCAUUCUACCUAGGCCUCAAACUCCUAGAAGCGAGGAUGAACCAAGUAUAUCAAGCGCAGCAGCAUUAAGUAAUUUGAGUGUAAGUGAACCCGUUCAGCCGAAAACAGAAAACAUUGUACAAACUUCAGCAAUAUCUGUGGAAACUUCGUUUAUUGGAGACAAAAAGCCUGAUAAAAUUAAGGAGGAUGUGGAUACUGUAUAGCAGUGAAUCGUUUUAUAAGCUGUUGGACAAAAUUCAUUCUUUAUUGCUGUGACUAACUAGUUAUUUAAAGUUGAUUUUUUAACCAGUUGAAUGAAAUAAACUGAUAUCUUGAC